GAGAGAGAGAGAGAGAGAUAGAGAGAUAGAUAGAUAUAUAGAGAGAGAGAUAGAUAGGCAGAUAGAUAGAUAGAUAGAUAGAUAGACAGACAGACAGACAGAUAGACAGAUAGAGAGAUAGAUAGAUAGAGAGAGAUAGAUAGAUAGAUAGCUCAGACAGAGAUAGAUAGAUAGAAAGAGAUAGAUAGAUAGAUAGAUAGCUUAGACAGAGAUAGAUAGAUAGAUAGAUAGAUAGAUAGAUAGAUAGAUAGAUAGAUAGAUAGAUAGAUAGAUCAGACAGAGAUAGAUAGAUAGAUAGAUAGAUAGAUAGAUAGAGAGAGAGAGAGAGAUAGAUAGAUAGAUAGAGAGAUAGAUAGAUAGAUAGAUAGAGAGAGAGAGAUAGAUUAGACAGAGCGAUAGAUAGAUAGAUUAGACAGAGCGAUAGAUGGAUGGAUUGAUUGGACAGAUUUAAUCACUGCAUUUAAGAGGAUACUAUAUUACAUGUGUAUUGUGUUUGUCUGUCUAUUAGAUAUUUCUCUAAUCAGUCUAUUUAGUGUCAGUUUUAAAAGAUGGUGUGUGUAUUUGCAGUCUGUUCCCAUGUUGGUGUUCUAAUUAGCACACACACACACACACACACACACACACACACACACACACACACACACACACUUGUGUGGACACACACUCUUGACAUGAGUGAUUAGGAGAAUACCAGCUGUAGAUGCUCUGGCCAGGCGUCAUUCUAAGACUUGGCCUCACUCAAAUAGAUGAAGUGCCAUGCAUAUCCAGCAGUGUGCGAGUGUGUGUGUGUGUGUGUGUAUGUGUGUGUGUGUGUGUGUGUGUUUAGUUUUGGAACUGCUGAAGUAAGAGUGUUAAAGAUCUCGGUUGUAUUAGCAGCUCUCUCCUGAUAUCAUAUGAUACCUGGCCUUGGUACCCAAGAUAUCCUAUAUAAUUAAGUACUAGAAAAAGAACCCAAAUGUUUGCUUUGGAUUUUGGCUGCUCCACGAUGACUAACGUUCUCUGCGUGUGUGCCAUCAGUAUUCGUGAAUUAGAUUUUCACUUCGGCCUCUAGUUUGAGUGCUCUAGCCUGUACUCCUUGGCAUUUAUAGACACAUAAUUCAACGAAAGCGUCCUGACCGACAGAAUCCUGAUUAAUCCAUGUCAAAAAUGUAUACAUUUGUCUGUGUGUGUGUGUGUGUGUGUGUGUGUGUGUGUGUGUGUGUGUGUGUGUGUGUGUGUGUGCAGGCAUUUGCAUGUGUGAAUGUAAGUGCAAAUGUGCAAGUGCGAAGGAAUGACUAAGCACAUUAAGUGCUGUGCCUAACGUUAAAGGAUACACAGGGUCCUCUUCACCACCUUGCGUUCCCUCGGAGCCGGAGUUCCACCUGUUUGACACUUGUCUCCAUGACUGCCACAUACUCUGCUCCUUAUAGAGAGGAGGACUGAGGGGGGUCACUUCAGUCUCCCUUUCAAAAUCUGCGGCUUGGCCAAUCCGUUGAUGUCAACAACCAGACUACUGUUAACGAAGAGCUGAAAAAGUGGGAGAUAGGGAUACAUAGGGAAUUAAAAGUGCCAUUCCAGCAGUGUCUGAGCCCAGACGGAGGCUCGGACUUGGGCCCCAUGUUCGUGACACUGGUUACCAUGGAGAACUUCGUGUGCGAUAAGGAUGUUUGGAUUGUGGGUAGUGUGUGCUUAGUUGUGUCCAUUUUAUGGAGGAAGUUUUGGAGUUUAUUCACCCACAAGAGGAAACGGGAUAAAUCGACAGGAAGCACAUCACUUUACUCGCAGCUGAAAGAGAAGGAAUGCAAGGAGAAGCCAAGCGUGUGCUUAAAGCUGUUGACAUCACAGAAGAAGAAACCUCCAGAUGUAACAGGUGCAGCCCGGGAUGACUUGGAAAAGGUGCAAAUGCUCAAUCAACAGAACACCAGCCUUUCCCAUGGCAGUGCUGAAGUUGACGCUAGCAAAACAGGACUUCUGGACUUUAUUCAAAAUGAGAAAGAAGCACAAACUGAGAAGGAGAGUGAUACAGAAGAGCUGCAGGCGGAGAAGGAAAAAGAGGGCAGUGAGGAAGAUAAAGAUAUUCUCACAGAAUCCAGGUUGAAUGAGGAAACAGAGACAAACAAAGAGGAAAUGAAUCAGAGAAUAGAAAGAGAGAAUGGCUUGAGUGUUCCAGAGGCGCCAUCUUUACUCCUAUCACCCUGUGAGUUUAGUCAAGACCAUGCGGUCCCUCAGGAAAGCAAUAACGAACACAUGGAGCUGAUCGCCCAUACUAAGAGACGAGUCGAGAAUCUGGAGAAAGAUGACCUCAAGAAAAGCCGAGUGGAGGAAAGGUCAGAGGAGGUGGAACAAAGUGAGGAAGAAAAGAAGCCUGGAGUGGGAGCAUCAGAUGUGGAACCAGAGAAACCUGAGGAGGAGAGGGAAGAAGUAGAACCAGUGCCUGAAGAGUACAUCUUAGAUUGCUCGCCUCCUCCUCCAGCACCCUUUGAGCACCGUUUGGUGACAACCAAAACCCAACAGAUAGCUACCUAUUACACCGUCAACAGAGAGGAAGUGCUUGGAGGUGGGCGCUUUGGAAUGGUCCAUAAGUGUGUGGAGAAUACCUCUGGCCUCACACUGGCUGCCAAGAUCAUCAAAACCCGGAAUCAGAAGGAGAAGGAAGUGGUGAAAAGUGAGAUCGAGGUUAUGAAUCAGCUGAACCAUGCUAGCCUCAUCCAGCUCUAUGCUGCUUAUGAGUCUCGUAAUGAUAUCACGCUCGUCAUGGAGUAUGUCGAGGGAGGAGAAUUAUUUGACCGCAUCAUCGAUGAGAAUUACAACUUGACCGAAUUGGACACGGUGUUGUUAAUCAGACAGAUCACAGAGGGGCUGCAGUACAUGCACAAGAUGUACAUACUGCACCUUGACUUGAAGCCGGAAAAUAUACUGUGUGUGAGUCGAGAAACAAAUAAAAUCAAGAUCAUCGACUUCGGUCUGGCCAGAAGAUAUAAACCGAGGGAGAAGCUCCGAGUGAAUUUUGGCACUCCUGAGUUCCUUGCACCUGAGGUGAUCAACUAUGAGUUUGUCUCCUUCCCAACAGAUAUGUGGAGCUUAGGAGUCAUUACCUACAUGCUGCUAAGCGGUCUCUCUCCUUUCCUGGGUGAUGAUGACAAUGAGACGCUGAAUAACAUCCUAGAAUGUAAGUGGAACUUUGAAGAGGCUGAGUUUGCAGAUAUCUCUGAAGAAGCCAAAGACUUCAUAACACGCCUACUCAUUAAGAGCAAGAGUUGGCGGAUGAGUGCAUCUCAGUCACUGAAACAUCCCUGGCUGUCUGACCGAUCACUUCACUAUCGACUGCAUCAGAAAAGGAACAAGUGCCACUCCACACGAGCUCCUACGCCAGAGAGCUAGAACAGAGAAAACAUCUUUACCCACGUGAAGAACUGGACCAACAACACUGCACCUGAAAGGACACCAGCUGCUAUACAACAAUGAAUAUCCAUUUCAUAACCUCUAUAAGUAGGCUACAACACGAUACUAAUUCUCCUGUUACUGAACAACAGGAGGUACGGUAGUGUUACAGUCCUCCGCUCGCUGCAUACAGCAGACAGUACGCACAACUCUGCUCUUAUACCCAAUUCACCUUAUAAACAAGUCUUAUUUCUGUGAUACUGUUUAUUUUGUCAUUUGAUAUUUAUACUGGCAUAAAAAUGAUUCUUUUUAUUUUUACUAUAUCAUUAUAUAACAGUGACUGUCGACUUGAUAUGCUUGAAUACAUGAUUACUUUCACUCCAUAUCACAAAUCCAGCAUUCUCCUCAAGUUUCUUUCUUGUUUAUAUAUAUAUAUAUAUAUGGGAAUAACAUGGCUUUUGGCUUUUUUUUUUUGCAUUAUAUUGUUUGUCUUGUAUCAGUCACAAAAUAUAUGUGAUAUAAAACACUUAAUUUAGAAAUUUAGAAGUAGUUCAUAAACAAGAACAACAAAUGACAUGGUUCUACAAAGUAGUUGAUGGGCCAAGACAUGUUUUGUUGUGUUAAAUUAGCUUCUAUCAUUUCACACUGAAGCUUAACGUAGCUACAUGCUGUAACAAGACUGAAUUAAAGUGGAAUCCUGGUGGUUAUUAUGUAUAGUUCUGGGGGUUUCCUCCAUGUACUCUGGUUCCUUCGCCUAUCCAAAAACAUGUAUCGUAUGAUUGGCAUUUCCAAAUUGUCCAUAGUGUGUGAUUGUGCCCUUUGAAGGGUUGGCACCCUGUCCAGGGUGUCCCCCGCCUCGUACCCGAGUUCCUUGGGAUAGUCUCCGUGCUCCCCUGCUGUAGGACAAGUGGUUUGGAAAAUGGAUGGAUGGAUUUAUUUAUUUUUUUUUGCGAUAUUUGCCUCCAGUGAAAAACAAAAGAAAGUUAACUUUUCCACCCAAGAAUGUUUAUCGAUUAGAAUUACAGUGUCAUACUGUUUCCUAAACCACGACGAGAAGUCUGUGCGUCACUACUGAAUAACUAGAUGAGUUUAAGGCUGAUGUUUGCAUGAAAGACUGGUGAAACAUGGGUAAGGGAAUGGAUAGGUGAAAGAUGGGUAAUGGAACUCCUAUUACUCGCUUGCUAAUUUAGAGUUGUAGCUCCAGUACAAAACGAAACAAGCAAAUGUCUUGGCUGAUCAACUACAUGCUUUAAUUAGAAAUUGUGUAAAGUGUAAAUGACACUUUCAGUGUACGAGCUUUAUCACGCUCUGAGAUUAGGAUGGUGCCGCACAUUUUCCUCCUCCCUUUCUGCUGGGUAUUUAACUCGCCUUCCGUGAAGGCAAACCCAACAGUAAACUACCUUUUGUUUUGUAUCGAGUUGAAUCUUUCUAUCAGUUAUUUCAGCUUUGUUUCCUAAACGUACUUGAAGUUCAACAUUUCAACAUGAUCAUGAUUAUCUGAAUCAGGUGGGAAUACGGCAGUGCUCAGAACGCACAGAUUUUUCAUGGAUGAGUAUUAUGGAACAGCAGUGUUAAGAUGCAUGCUGAGUGUUUUUAAAAUGAUGAUAUAUUUUUGUAGAUAUGUUGCUGAAAUGUUUCAUGCUACUGAUUCUUUGCCUGCAUUGUCACAGUUAAAGUCCUCUUCUGCCUGUUUUGUUAUAUGUAUGAACUGUUUUGUUUAUGUCACUAUAUUAAAUGAGAAAAAUAAACAAUAAUUUUAGUUCUUUA